UUUCUCUCUCUUUCUUAGGACAGAAUAAACAAUUGUGGUACGAGAGACUGCUUUCGUCCCUGUUAGCUGAUGGCAUCUGUCACUGCUUUCCCUGUUCUACAAGGUAAGCUGUAAGCAUCACACCAAUUCCUGCCCACCGAAUUAUCUUAAGAUGAAGAAAAAGUUUCUGCAAAUGAUAAAGAGUGAUGACAACAAUCCAACAAAGCCAUGCACCAUUCUUUAUCCAAAUCAUUUACACCCUAAAAAGCUGACAUGACAGACGUGUUUAAUUAUUUCUCAGCCUCUAUAUCAAGCUCAGGAAGACAUGUCCCAAAAGACUAGCAGGAUUAGGUCGGCUCUGAAAGCAGGCACCGGCAAGCUUGUUGCUGUCUGCUGUAACCAUGGCCAUGGCUUUCAAGAUGGCGACGGAGGGGAUGCGGGUGAAACAGGAGUGCCUGAGCUCGUUCAUGGAGAUGAAGUGGAAGAGGGUGAGCCGGUACGUGGUGUACAAGAUCGACGAGAAGACGAGAGAGGUGAUGGUGGACAAGGUGGGCAGGCCCGGCGAAGGCUACGAUGGCCUCGCCGCCUCCCUCCCCAACGACGACUGCCGCUACGCCGUCUUCGACUUCGACUUCGUCAGCGUCGACAACUGCCCCAAGAGAAAGAUGUUCUUCAUCACAUGGUCUCCUCUCCUCCUCUUCUCUCUCUCUCUCUCUCUCUCUCUCUCUCUGAUCUUAGAACAUUAUUUGCUGAGAAUUUUUGGCUCAGAUCUUAGCCUAUAUAGCCAUAUAGAAAGAGGACAUUUAACUGAAAAGAUACUGCGAGAAAGAUCAUCGAGUAUCCUUAUUUUCUCCUCCCCUGCAUCACCAAUGGAAAGCCUUCACAGAGUUUGACAAGCACAUCAACUUGGUGUGUGUGUUCUUGGAAUCAUCCAUCCCCAUCCGAAUAAGCCAAACAAGUCAUACGUGGAAAUGAGACUUAGCACCUAUCCAUCUUGCCAACCCUAUGAUCGUGAUGUGCACCAAAACAAAGCAUCAUAGCUUUAGACUGCAACCAUUCAUGGCGAUGCCUCUUAUGCUUCGUCUUUUGAUUCAGAGUGUGAUUCAUCCCACUUUUUCCUACACUCACCGACUGGUGAUGUGGUCAUGGAGUUUAUACAUGGCGUUCUGCUG